GUUGCCUUGAACUGUCGGGUGCUUCACGCGCUUCUCCCUCGAAUCCCAGCACCCCAUCACAGCAAGCAGAGAGAGAGAGGAGAAGCAAUGGCGGCACCAGAAGCUCCAAUGUGUUACGUUGGAAUGGCCAGGGAGUCUGCUGCCUUUCGCCUCAUGAAACAAAUGGGUUGGGAAGAAGGUGAAGGCCUUGGAAAAGACAAACAAGGGAUCAAAGGAUAUGUGAAGGUCAAAAAUAAACAAGAUACUGCAGGUGUAGGGUUAAAUAAGGCUGCUAACAAUUGGGCUUUUGAUACUAGUCAAUUUGAUGGUAUCCUCAAGAAAUUAAGAGUGCAAGUAGCGGACUCUGAGGGCAAAGAGACAAGUUCUCUUCAAGUAGAUGACCAAACUCCAUCAAAAGAGGACACUACAUUUAAAUCCACUCGACCUCAAGGAAGAUACAAGAAAAGGGAGAGAGCGAAGCUUGUUAAUUCAUAUUCAGCAAAGGAUCUUCAGGAGAUUCUUGGCAACAAACUGGAUGCAAUUACACCAUCAAAUGUUAAUGAAGUUGAAGAUCCAACAGCUGCGGUUGAGUUUCACGUCUCUGAUCAUGAAGGAACUGCAGCAGAAAGCAAUCUAACAUCUGAUUGGUGGGGUCAUAAGUAUGGAUUCAUUUCGGGUGGUUUUCUUGGAGCCCAAAAUGUAAAAAGAAAAGCUACCUCAGCGAGAGGAUCCAAGGGUCUUGCAGCAGAAGCUGGAGAUGGAAGGGUCACAUUUGCUGAGGAGGAUCAAGAGAAACUUUAUAAGCUUGUGCAGGAUAAAGCCACCACUGGGAAGCAGGGAUUGGGCAUCAAAGGCCGCUCCAAGAAGAUAGCUGGACAUCGCUGGGGAGGAAAGAAAACUACAUUUGAUGAUAGCGAGGAUAAUGAAACUUCUGAUGAUGGUGGCUCUUCAAAGAGGAAAUAUAGCAUGUUGGACAGCCAUGUUGAAAAUGAAGAACCCAAACCUGAAGCGAAAAAGCUAUGCAAGUCCAAAAUAGCUGUUGAAGAGGAAAAGAUCAGAGAUCCAAAGCCCAAACUAAAGAAGCUGUGUAAAAAGCUACUUCUUCAGAUUCCAGGGAAUUGCCUUAGAUUGAAGCAACUAAAGAAGCUUCUUGAGGCAGAGUCAACUUCCAUUGUUUCCUUCUUCGCUUGCUUCUCUUCGAAGAAGGAAGCCCUCUUGUACUUGAGAGAAAAGCUUCAGAAAAGUGGGAGAUUCAGUUUUGAAGGGAAAAGAGUGACUCUAGUAUCGCAGAGCGAUUGAAGAUUUUGUAGAGGAGUUAUGUCUUGUAACGGAUUUUUAGACACAUGAGAUCAUCGAGCGCAAGGCUGUUGGGCUCGACAAUUUUGUUAAACAAUUUAUUAUUUAGAUUUUGUUUUUUAUAUAAUUUGUUGCUUGGUAUGUUUAAUUGCACGAUUAAUUGCAUGAUUUUUAUUACUAGA